AUGAAAUUCAUACUACAAUGCUCUAUAUGCUUAUAAAGUUUAUGCAAUCCUAUGUCUUUAAGUUGUGGACACACUUUCUGUUAUAGUUGUAUCCAUAAUACUCUUGAAAAAUAAGAGUAAAGUGCUUGUCCUUUGUGUCGUUAGCCUAUGUUGAUGUUAUAGAAUAAAUCUGAUGAAUUAUUGUCAAUUGUUUAAUAAAUUUAUGAAAAGGAUGGAACAGAAGGUAAAAGAUUACUAUUAUUUUUAGGACUGUUGGAUGAAUUUCCUUAAUUAAUUAUCUGUCUCUGUUGUGGUUUGACUCCUAUAAAUCCAAUUGUUUUAACAUGUUAACAUAUGUUUUGUUAAAAAUGCAUAUAAGAUAGUCUUUAAGAAGAAUUACUUUGCCCAGUAUGCUUUGAGUUUAGUUUUUCACUUAAACUUAGCAUAAAUUAAAAAUAUAAAGAUCUAAUUAAUUGGUAUCUGAGGUAGUUUAAGAUUGAGGAACAACCAAAAAUUGAAGAGAUCUUACAAUCAGAUAUUGUUAAUGGAUUACCUAUCUUUAAUUUUGAAUAAACAGUCAUCGUUCAUUCAGAAAUGCAAUUCAGUUUUUUUGAAUUCAGAUAUUAAGAGAUGAUAAAAAGAAUUUGUUCUGGCUCAUGUAAUUUUAUUGUUUCAGGAGAUCUUAUAUAUGGAGACCUAGUUAAAAUUAAAAAUAUUAAAAAAAUUAAUACAGGAUACUAAGUAUUCGUUGAAGCAACAGCAAGAGUUAAAAUUAGAUCAGUAUACAAUUAUAUCAACGGAAUAAAGACAAAUUAUUAACCAUUAAAUACUUAAUCUUUUUGGUUAUGUUCAUAUCAAUAUAUAAAAGAUUAAACUUUAAAAUAAAAUAGUAUUUAAUAAUAUAACAACAUUGUAUUGACUUUGGAUGGGAUAUAUAAAAAAAUCUAACCAGAUGUUCAUAACAUUUUUGAUAAUUUUAUGAAAAAGUUACAUUUAUUAUCAAGUGCUGAUAGUAGUCUUAUUCUAUUGGCUACCUUAAAUAAUAAUUCUCAAACAGAAUAUUAUGAUGAUAAUGUUGAAAAAAGAAUUCAAUAAAUCUAAAAUUAUUUAUUCAUGCUUGAAUAAAAUAUUAAGGGGAAGUAUGUUUAAGAAGAACUAAAAUAAAAUGGAAAGUAUUAGUAACAACCUUUAGAUAUCAUAUAUUAUCCAGAAUAUGAUUUAACAACGUAAUACUUCCUCAAUCUCUUUAAUCUAAACAAAAUUCUUUGUUUUUGA